CACUCGCUAGUUACGCUCAGCUUGCGCUGUACUCUCGUUCAACAGCCACUUACACCAACAACCUCAGCCUCAUCCGCCUAAUAUCUUAAUAUCACCCUCACCACCUUUUAUUAAUAUUCAUAUACAACACACUCAAACACCCAAAAUGAAGACCGCCGCCAUCUUCCUCGCCGCCGCCGCCCUGGCCAGCGCCCAGGCCCCUCCCGAGGGCACCAACAAGGUCAACUGCGCCAAGCCCAACGCCAACUACUGCCUGUCUGGCGAUAUCAUCAUCCGCUGCGACGCCAACGGCAUGGGCACUGCGGGCCGCUGCUCCGACAACGUUGCCGGAUACCCUCCCCUGGGCGGUGUUGCCGAGUGCUGGCAGAGCAGCACAACCUCUGGUGACGCCGCUUGCCAGAAGAACUGCGUCGUCUAUGCUCAGCCUUCGGCCUUUACUCUGCCCGCCUCUCAGUGCCAGCCCAGCGCCGUCAUCACCGCCACCGGCACCGGCACUCCCACCACGCUGGAGACUGCCGUCACCUCUGCUCCUCAGACCUCAGCCCCUGCCGGCACUGACACCGUUGUCUACACCACCACCGUCGUCAACGGAACCGUCACCCUGACCGUUCCUUGCACCACCGCCGAGGCCACUUCCGUCACCGGAAUCGUGAUCCCUCCCCCGACUUCUCCCACCUCUGCUGCCUCCAACUCUACUGUUGUGAUCCCCCCCGUUACCGUUGUCACUCCUCCUUCCGGCACUGGUGCUCCUCCUCCUCCUCCUGCUGGCGGCAACCAGACUGCUCCCGCCGGCUCCAACACUCCCGUCGGACCUACCACCACUGGCAGCACUCCCCCCGUCCCUACUGGCGGCGCUGUUGCCAACCGCGCCACCGGUGCUCUGGUCGCCAUGGGUCUCGUCGCUGCUUACCUGCUGUAAGCGAGUCAAGGGCCAGCUUUAUACAUGUUUAUAUAAAGCUUCCGUUCUGGAGUCGCGCAGUGUAACGCUUUAACAAUGAGGGGAUUUUUCGGAGCAUUUUUCAUGAAACGCCUGGGACGCACGAAGGGAUAACGAUCAUUACAAUUAAUCUGGGGCGACAUUUGGAAACGUCAGCAACGUGUUUUUGUUUUAUUUGCCAUGCUUUCUUCUUUUCUCUGCGAAAUGUUGUAUAUAUAACGCGGUAGCAAGAAAGAAAAGUACUGAGCCGGGGGGAAAAGAAUGAUGAGAGAGGAUUUAUAUACCUUGGGACGAAUAAUUUUGGGAGUUUGAGAUUUCUUUUUACACUUAGAUGCUAAAGUACCAUAUACCCCUCCUUUGCAUGUGCGAAAUCAUGCCUUUAAUGGAAACUUAUCUUUACUUUUAAAUUGGCUCAGUUGUUUUUAGUAUUUUGUGCUUGAAUUAAAGUG